UCGAGGUACGUGAACUACGUAAAACUUCAUAGCAACUGAAAAAGAAGGCCCUGAAAAUGGAUCAAACUCAAACCGGAGCCAGUCAAUUUAGAGCUCAUCUUCGCACAUCAAUAAACGUUGAUGAUAUAGCAAAUAUGACUAGAAUUCUUGAUCAAGAACUGUUAGAUUCUCAAAACACUUUAAACGAGAUUUCAAACAUAUUCGGAUCGAUCAACGAUUUUAAAAACAGCAAUUUAUCAGUUCACAACUUGGAUAGAGACGCUGUUUCAAAAUUUUUAGACGCGGAGCCUUUAAAACUGGUAACGCCAGACUUUGGAGGCAUUAAAUUUGAGGGUGAAGUUGAUGAAAUCUUGGCAACUAUGAAGAAAUAUGCUGAUAAUUUAAAAAAGAAUUUACCUGUUGUUGAAUCACAAACAAAUAAGGAGGAAACAGUUCAUAACUCGGAACCUAUUGAUGUUAGUCAGUAUGCUGCUAGUUUGGAGCAACUGAAUAAGCGCCUGGCUCAUAUAAGGCAGAACCUGAGGCAAGAAGUUACUACAAAGGAUUUGAAAAUGGAAGAAAAGUUGGAAACAUUGAAUCAGAAUGUUAAGCUAUUUAAAGAGAUGACAGAAGGCAAUGCUUUGCUAAGCAAAUGCAGUGCAGAAAGUGAUGAAAAAUAUCAAAAUGGACACGACUCAACAAGCCAAUAUGAGGAAAUAGUCAAUAAGUUACUGUCUGGUAUCAAUGAUGUUACAUAUUUAAGGCAAAAUAAGGGUUAAAUAGGGAAAUAAGUUAAAAAGAUUUUUAGGAAUUUUGUAUCAUAUACAGGUCUACUACUUAACACAUUUACUGCA